CGCCGCGCGUGCGCUCAUAAACGUUGGGCUGAUACAGGUGAGGAGGUGAAUUCUUGUUGAUCCUCACGGCCUAUGCCUUUGUGACUGACAGUUCACCUCGUAUAUGUGGCGUCCUACGUGAAAGGGUUACUGUGCGAGUUAUUUGGUGCUAACAACGUCCGCUAUUAUCUGUGCCGGAAAAUAUCUUCCCAAUACACCAAGAAGAUACCAUAAAAAAGGAGAAACUCUUUAACGAGAGAUAAGCACCGGGACCAGCGAAGCCGAGAUGCGCGUUUGGUCCCUCCUUUGUUUUUUCCUGACGGUGACGACGUCGACGGCCAAUAAUAUCGCGCUAUUUUGGAAUCUCUACGAUGCGGUCAUCUCCGGAGGCCGAAUUCUGCAUGACGUGGCCGACGGCGUUGGGGCCGUCUCUAAGGCCAUCAGGGCCAUCGACAGCUUCCUAGACUCCACGGCCGAAGCGCAGGUGGCGGAGGCGUUAGCGAAGGGCGAGUCUGAAGCAAAAGCAGAUGAGGACACCCCGGCUGACUCCCCUGAGGCCGCCCCUGAAGCCGAGGCUCCGGCCGCAGCCGACAGCGCCCCCGUCCCGAGCUUCAACGGCUGCGGCGCGCUGGGCUUCCACAUCCGGGACGAAUCCCUGCCCGUGGCCCAGCUGACGGAGUGCUGCGGGACCCACGACUCCUGCUACAGCGCCUCCUGCAGAGCCAACAAGCGCGACUGCGACGGGAAGCUACGCUCCUGCCUGUUCUCCGUGUGCGACGACCGCAGCAUGGAGCGCGGGCAGCAGAAGGCGUGCAAGGGCGCCGCCAAGCUGCUCUUCUCCGGCACGAUGGCUCUGUCCUUCCAGCAGUACAAUAACGCGCAAGAGAAACUCACGUGCAAGAACGCCUCACGAGAUACAAGAAAGCCUCAGAAGGGAGAAGGAGACGGUGAGGGGAGCGCGAGAAGGCACAGGAGCGGCUGACUGAUUCCAAGAAGCCCUUUCACCCCCCCCCCCUCCCCCCCCCUCACCACCCCCCCCCCCCACUCACCUCCCUCUCGAUCCUACCUCAAAGGUGUCUGCUCCGUCUUCGCCAGUCCCGUGAAGUGCGCAAGGUUUAAGAUUCUUAUUUCUUUUGCUUUUUUUUUCUUAUUAUUAUUAUAUAGACCUUGGGUAUACGACCGCCGAUGGAUCACUUCAGCGUAGCCAGAAAUGCAAGAUAGAUUAAGGAAUUGAUCUCCCAAAUGAACGUCUUGCUUUGGGCUGAGUGACUGCUACCGGGAAGACGUUGUGGCUUUUACCUGCAGGGUGUUCUCGGGUGUUGUGAGAAACUCCUUAAGUAACUUCCCCGAAAUGGUACAAACCUUUGUUUUUUUUCGAGAUUCUCCUGCCUUCAACCCGAGACCAGCCUUGCCUCAUACCGUUUGAUAUACACUCUAUUCAUCUAUUUAUUUAUAUAUAUCUAUUUAUUUAUUCAUUCAUUCAUCUAAUGUACGUAAAGCGUGUUCGAGUUGGUAUAAAAUCCUCAGGGACUUUCUCUCUGUUUUUGUACUUGUUUCAUCAGGGUUUGACCAUCUUGAUAUGACAAAAAGUUAUUCUGGAUUACUUUAUAUAAAUACAUAAAUACAUACAUACAUACAUACACACAUACAUACAUACAUGCAUACAUACAUACAUAC